AUGAGAAUGAAAAUUACUGUCCACAAUAAAUCCAUGGAAAUUGGACAAUUUUCCAUCAAUCAUUCUUUAGUUGGGCAUCAUGCUAUCAAUUUGCAUACCUUAACAACCGCCCCGCUUCACGAGAACGAUAGAAGUCACAUGUAUGCAAUGGUCCCAUAUGGUUUGCAGCAUCACAAAGUUCAGCAUAAAUUUGAAAUUGCAGAACAGUCGCAACAAAAUAUUUUAUGUAAUCUUGAUCAGAUAUGA